GCUGCCAGCCUUGGCCCAUCAUGUAAGUGCUGCGGAGAAUUCUUUGCAGUGCAAUUGCAAAAUUACCUCUUUUCCCGACGCCAGUGCGGGUUGUGCAAUUGUAGCUGCGCUCUUAGCACCGACACGCACGCUCCGGACGCAAAAAGGCUCCAAGUGCAUGAAGAUCGAGGCUUGUAUUUUGCAUCUUUGUUGCAAAGGCAAGCCGCUGAAGCUCCAGUGCGAGGGCGAUGGAGGGAGGGAGUGAGAAAGAAGGCAAAGUCUUUUGUGCUUCCCCUCCCCCUCAUCAAAGCAAAGGGGAAAUGUCUCAGCCAAAGGGAGGUAAGAGGAAGCCGGUGCUCAAGCUCUCCAAGGAGGUGUUUGAGCAGCCCACUCCCGCCGCAGUACCCCCCAGAGAUCUGGAUUCGAAAGCUUGUGUAACCAUUGGAGAGAAGAACUUCGAGGUGAAGGCAGAUGACCUGGAGCAGAUCUGCGAGCUCGGCCGAGGAGCGUACGGCGUGGUGGACAAGAUGAGGCACGUGCCCAGUGGCCUGAUCAUGGCCGUCAAGAGGAUCCGGGCCACGGUGAACACUCAGGAGCAGAAGAGGCUGCUCAUGGACCUGGACAUCUCCAUGAGGACAGUGGACUGUUUCUACACAGUCACCUUCUAUGGAGCUCUAUUCAGAGAGGGCGACGUCUGGAUCUGCAUGGAGCUGAUGGACACUUCCCUCGACAAGUUCUACAAGCAGGUGAUCGAGAAGGGGAUGACCAUCCCUGAGGACAUCCUGGGAAAGAUCGCUGUCUCAAUAGUAAAAGCUUUGGAGCAUCUGCACAGCAAUCUGCAAGUUAUACACAGAGAUGUGAAGCCCUCAAACGUGCUGAUCAACACUCAGGGCCAGGUGAAGAUGUGCGACUUCGGCAUCAGCGGCUACCUGGUUGACUCCGUGGCUAAAACCAUGGACGCCGGCUGCAAACCUUACAUGGCGCCGGAGCGGAUCAACCCUGAGACCAACCAGAAAGGCUACAACGUCAAAUCUGACAUCUGGAGUUUAGGAAUCACGAUGAUCGAGCUCGCCAUCCUGCGCUUCCCAUACGACUCGUGGGGCACGCCCUUUCAGCAGCUGAAGCAGGUGGUGGAAGAACCUUCGCCCCAGCUUCCUGCUGACCAGUUCUCCCCAGACUUUGUGGACUUCACCUCUCAGUGCUUAAAGAAAGUUUCCAAAGACCGGCCGACUUACACAGAACUCAUGCAACAUCCCUUCUUCACCUCCCACGAGGCCAAAGAAACUGACGUGGCUAGCUUUGUGAAAGUCAUCCUGGGGGACUGAGUCGUCACACUUGCACAGCAGU